AUGCAUACCACAACUGCAUCUUAUAUGCCUAGCCACUACACACAACAAGAACCCCACCGCAAUCUGUAUUCACCUCCUUCGCCCCCAAUGGAGGAACAAAAGUGCUCUCUGCCCUCGAUCUCCAACCUUUUGGGUUUGGCCGACGCUGGCUCGCCCACUAGCGAAUCCUCACCUACUUCACGGCAGCAUUCUCCUCGAUUUGAAGUUGCUCCUUCACACAGCCGAGGUGGGUCAGAAUGGGCCAGGUCAUCGCAUCGAGGCCUUCCCCCAACACCGCCUAUGAGCACAGACACUUCAUUCGAGAGUUACAGCUCUCCCACAAGGAAGCACUCCAGCCAGCCAUACCCAGGUGCCGUCCCAAGAGCAUACUACUACGAGACCACCCCUCCACUGGAAGCCGACGCACAACGUCAGGCACCGGCGCCGGCUAUUACUCGAGCAACACCUCCCGCCCCAGCUUCUUAUACUCAGCAACCUCAUCCCUCGACGUAUGCCAACCCUCCUUCAGUGGGCGCCUACUAUACACAGGCCCGCCCCCCUCCACCUCCUUCCGCCGCCCAAGUGCCAGAGCUUAACCCAUACUACCAACGACCUCUUCCUCAAGCAUACCCUCCCCCAGUGACCAUGCCAGCACCUGCUCCAUCGGGCUCAAACCCUUGGCAACAUCACCAUUACCUCAACCCAACCGGUGCUGCAGCUUUCCCACAAAGCCAGGAUCGAUACAUCUGCCCGACUUGCAACAAGGCCUUUAGCCGACCCAGCAGUCUAAGGAUCCACAGCCACUCCCACACUGGAGAGAAGCCUUUCAAGUGCCCACAUGCCGGCUGCGGUAAGGCUUUUAGCGUACGCAGCAACAUGAAGCGUCAUGAGAGGGGCUGCCACAGCUUCGAGUUCAACGGAUCGGUAAUUCGAGGAUGA